GUGUAGUGGACUAAAGUACUCUUUUCUGCAAGUUUUGGCUUCAAAAGGAUCCAACACUGAGCGUUGCUUGUGUUUGAAUUCAAACGGCAAGUAUAAUAUGUGUAUCGAAAGUUGAAGGGACGCUCUAACUAAACUAUCUUAGAUGUUCGAUUACAGUUUAGGAUUAGAUAAAAGCUAAAUAUCACCCAAAGGAAACAUGUGCUUCAGUUGUCUCGCGAUACACCUGCUUGUACUGGCAGUUACCAUUUACAACGUACAAGCACAGCCUAUGUCGUUUGAUGCUCUAGAUGGCUUGGGAUGUAGUCAGUUCAAAUCCAUUAUCAUGGAUGCUCAGCUAGAAGAGACAUUCCGAAGCCCCCAAGCCCUGACAUUGUUUGUGUUUAAUGACACAGCCUACGCCCUGAUGCCACCUUACAGGCUUGGCACUUUGUAUGACAAGACAAGUGGCAAUAAUUUAGGUGCCAAGGAAUAUGUCAACUCUUUUACGUUGACUGAAGCAGUUGAAACAUCCGCAUUUAGUGAUGUUAAUCCUUUUGGGACGUAUUCUGUAAGGAACCGUAAAGUGUUUCUAAACAAAAGAGAAAUCAAGAGUGGGAAUAUAGCCAGUGGUACCCCAGUACCAACAAAAUAUUUCUGUAACGGAGCUAUGUUAAUCCGACCCAACAUACAAGUUGGCCAGCACCUGAUUCACAUCAUAGACCAGGUUUUAGACAUGCCACUAGAGGACAAUGCCCUGGCUUAUGUGGCUGGGAACAACCCGUCUAAUUUAACAUACCUGUUCUUCAGCAAGAUUAUGGAGUUUCUAAGAAAAGCCCCGCAAGAAGAUGGAGAGUACAACUACAACAAACAGGUCCAACAAAUCCUUGCAGGCAAAAAGGUGACGUUUUUCAUCCCGUCUGACGAGGCUUUGAACCUGAUCCCAUCACAGAAACUCAGUGAGCUACAGGGCAACACCAGGCUGAUGUUGGAGAUCAUCACCCUCCACAUCGUCCCCAACCAAGUCCUGUACACAUCACUAGUUAACCACAAUGAGAUAUUCAACACACAGUUUAAUUCAGGGGCUGUUGUCUUCAGGAAAAACUUUAACAGGGAAGCAGUGUAUGUGACGGGUGCACUAAAAGGUGGUGGAACUGUAACAGCCAAACUUAACCCAGGCAACAGAACUGUUCUCAAUGGUGUUGUCCAUCAGAUUGAUGCCAUGCUGGGAUUUGUUUACAAGACUGCUAUUGAGGAGAUUGAGAUUGAUCCUAACACUCAACACUUUGAGCAGCUGAUAUUCGCAGCAAGAAAAGAUCUACAGAACUACAUCACAGCCACCAGUGGUGUUGUUGUAUUUGUACCAACCAACCCAGCCAUGUACGCCAUCGCUAACGUCUACCCUAACUACAUCAACAACCAGUCGUUGAUUAACAUGGUUCUAGAGAUGAGCCUUCUACUACAUGGCCAGUCUAUAAACGUAAUGGAUUAUAACGGAGGGUAUGAAGCUUAUAAAACUGCUGUAUCAAGAUACAAUGGACGUCUGAUCAAAGUUUAUACUGAAGGGGAUGUAACCUGGGUAGAAGGAGGAUAUGUGAAGGCUAGAGUUAUCAAACCUGACAUAGGUGUCACUAAUGGUGCGGUCCAUCAGAUUGAUGCAGUUUUUGGGAUCCCCACUCGGGAUAUUCCGUACACUGUCUUCUGUGAGGACUGGCUCGUAUCGACCUACAUGCAGCUCAAGUACGUAGGUCUGGACGCCUACAUGAGAGAUCCAACUCUGACCAGAAACCAGGACUGUGUGUUUAGUGCCAGUGCUGCUGCUGGUCAAGUCCCUCCUGCUGCUGGCACCUGGCAAACUAACACUGGACUAGCCAAUCAGAAUCAAGCUAACACUGGACAAGCCAAUCAGAAUCAAGCUAACACUGGACAAGCCAAUCAGAAUCAAGCUAACACUGGACAAGCCAAUCAGAAUCAAGCUAACACUGGACAAGCCAAUCAGAAUCAAGCUAACACUGGACAAGCCAAUCAGAAUCAAGCUAACACUGGACAAGCCAAUCAGAAUCAAGCUAACACUGGACAAGACAAUCAGGAUUUAUUCGAAGGCGUGUGUCGGAAUGGCGAUCAUAGAUGCGAAUUCACGUUCUUUGUGCCUAACGGAACAGCUAUUGACAACUUUGCAGCGACUACUUAUGGACAACAAAUUAUGAAUGAUCAAAAAAGAUGGAGAUGGGUCCUUAGAAGAUUAAUCACAUUCAGAGAGAAGAUUUACAUUGACCAGCUGGCCUUUGGUGCACCAAGGAGUUAUUAUGCUGACAAUGGUGAAGAGAUCAUCAUACAGACAGACUCCAGGUCCAAUAUCCCCAGUGGGCAGAGAACUACCUACAUCAUGUUUGGAGGUGUUAGAGCACAGGUAAUACACUCGGACAUUGGAGCCACCAAUGGUGUCAUCCACAUUAUCAACUCCCUUCUUUUUGUACCGGAGGAUUUGAGCAGGGAGUUUAGUGAAAUAGUAAAUGAGACAACGCCCAGUGGCAACUUGAAUACUAGUUUGCACAGCAACAAACAUAAUGCUGGAAAUUUGAUUCAACAAACGAGUCAGCUUGCUGUAUUAUUCUCAGCUGCAGCUGUAAUAAGUAUUGCAGUAUUCGGUUAAGUUGAAACGAAGCAAGUACAAAUCAAAAUAAAUAGGUUAAAAAUGUGUGUAAUGCAAUUGAUUUAAUAAAAGUUGCUAUACAA